UUGACAGGAUUGACAGCUUUUCGUAAAUAAAAUAGCAAACUCAGAAUUAUUGGUUUUUAUUUUUAAAAAUUAUGGCAUUUAUAACUCGAGCUAGCUCGUUAGCAAAAAAUGCAGUAAUAUCAACAUUUGUACGAUCUAUAUCAACAACUAAGCAAUUACAGCUUAAAGAAAUACGCGAACGUAAAGAGGGUUCUACAUUAAUAGUGGAAGGAGUAAAAGUGCCCUCUCCACGUACGGAACUCCUAAUAAGAGCUGAAAACAUUAAAGAGUUGGCUCCGGUAGAGAAACCUGAGCAUACAUGCUAUAUGUGCGCACUGGACUUGGAUGUGAAGCAUACGGACGUGUUGAUAUUAAGCCAGUUUGUUAGAUCCGAUGGGUGUAUGUUGCCGCGACGUAUCACAGGGUUGUGUCUUCGGCAGCAAAAGAAAGUUGGGAAAAUGGUCUCUAUGGCUCAGAAAGCAGGUUUGAUGAUCAAUUUGACUCCGUCAUUCUGUAAAAAGGACCCCAAAAAGAGAUACGCAUACAAAAAGUUCAACACAUACUUUGAUGAAAAAACUAUAUUCAUGAAGAAAAUACCUAAAUUUGUUGACAAAUUCAAGCGAUAAAUUGUAUGAAUAUUGCAGUAAUAUUAAAUAAAUUAUGUUAGAUUUAA